UAUAAAGAAUAUGUGGUUUUCGAAACCAAAAUGGCGGCAUGACCCGACCAGAAUUUUUCACAUUCCCUUUCAUUCUACGAUAUAAAAUUUUAGUGUGAAGAUGUUGCGUUUUCGUUCAGUUCGGGAGUGGCACAAGCCCUUCCGCGGCUACUCGACUGCUCUAACAGGAAACAGAGCUGUAGACGACGCGUUAGAGAAGAUCACAAAAGGCCGGAUCGGCGGCUGGCUGGCGAGCUAUGAGCAGUUCGUGGGCAUCACGGAAGUCAAACAUGCACAGGGGAAGGUCACACAGGCUGAAGAGAACUUCAUGAAUUCAAGGAAACAGGUGAAGCAGCUCAAGGAGGAGGUCGAGUCUCUGCAACAGGACAUGACCACCUGUCGGGACAAGAUGGACCGCGUGAACCGGGGCGAACCACGGUACCUGGAGCUCGCCACGGAAGAACACAACCUCAUACAGGAGCUGCAGAAGGCCAGGGCCAAGUAUGGGCUGUUGGAGGACCAGGAACGGGACAAUUUCGCGCUGCUGCAAGCCGCCGUCCGAUCCAGCCACGAGAAGGAACGGGCGCGGACGGAGAGGACUAAGAACUGGUCCAUCAUCGGCUCUGUCACCGGCGCCAUCAUCGGAAUUAUCGGGUCCACGGCUGUCAAUCGCAGCAGAAUGAAGGAGCUCAGGUCGCUCAUACUGGACACUAAGGGCAACGGUGGGAUAACUCCUGACAUUGCAGAGAAAAUAGCCUCGACGGGAGAACAAUACAAGCAGAUCCAAGGAUCCCUACAGGAAGUCAAAACUCUUCUCAAUAACUCAGAAGCAACAAGUGCAGAUGUACCAAUAGGAGAUGUCAAACAUUUAGCUACGUUACUUAGAGAACAGGACAAGAAAUUUGAUGCAAGGAUACAAUCAAUUCUUCAUGCAAUAAAAGAAAGCGAUGUGGCAAUAAACGCACAGUUAGAUAGGAUAGGGAAGCUAGUGUCUAGCAGGGUUAGUGCAGGAGGCACUGCUGCGGUAGGGGUGUCGGAAGAGGUGCAGGAAUUGAUUGAUGCCACACAGAAGAAACUGGAAUGGCAGAUCCGAAUCAACACCCUCUCCACGGUAGUGUUUGUCUACGCAGCCUUUGCUCUGACGCUACCUAUCCUGCAGAAUAUCUUUCGAGGCUCAUGAUAGAGACAAAAUCGUGCAAAAGCUUGUAGUUUGCUUUUCAUUGUCAGCAUUUGGCACAUAUGUAAAAGAUGCAGUACUAUAAAAGUAUAAGGCAGCUUUAUUUUUGCAGUUGUCACAGUGACCUCUUCACUGUGAAUUCAUGACAUGGCAAAUAUGUCCCCCUAUAGAAAUGUUUUGACUGCAAAUUUAAAAAAAAAGAAUUAAAAACAUCUUCCCUAUUAUUGUGAAAUAAAACCACUGCAAAAGUAAACAAAUGUACAGUAGUAGGUCACAGGUCAUGGCACACAUCUAUUGUGGUGCUUUUUAAGAACAACUUUCAGGGUUGCAAUAAUUUUGGUUAGUGAAAACUUGAACCUAGCACUGGAGGUUUUGAGUCUCAGACAAACCCCAUUUUGAUGAAAACACACACGCAUACCAAAAGAAUAAUUAGCAGUGUAGUUUUAAUUAAUUGUUCUCAGAUAUAUAAAGAAAGAAGGGGAGCUAUGUAAAACUGAAGAUGUUAUUCUGUGAAGAAAAUCAGAUUGUAGCAUUUACAAAGUAAAACUUUGUAAAAGUUCCGAUUGUGGCCACUGGGGUACAUUUUGGGGAUAAUUUAUUGUGGAACCAAAGAGAUUUAAAGACUGGAAAAAUCUAGCCUUAAUUCCUUGCAAUAUAUUAAUGUGUGUGAAGUUGUUACUGCAUGCUAAGGUAUUUCUCAUAUCACGGGAACAGUGACAAUGUACAUGUACGGUAAUAUGUGUAUUCAGUCUGAUCACGUAUUCAUGUUGUAAUUUAUGUGAAACAACUUCUCUGAACACUUGAUUUAAACAUUAUAUACUUGGAUCAGAAUGCAAUUUAUGUACUGUGCAAAAUAGCACAUUUAUGAGAGUUGGGAACAGAGCUGUUCCAUUCCAUUUCAUUCCAUUGUGUACAGUGUAGUUUCUGUCCAGAGAUAAGUCUUAGUGCAUUAUCAGGAAUGCUCCUGUCUGUAAUGAUUUUGUCACCUGCUCACAGAAUGAGAAAUUAGAUACAAAUGUAUCAGCACAGUGGUUUUGCCUUGUGGCAGAUCUAUUUGUAGUUGAACAGUCAGUGUAUAUUCACUAGAAUUUUAAUUUUACACUAGUGUCUUUCAUACUGAUGAGAAGAUUUUUAUUCACACUAGGUUUCAAAGAGCGACAAAGAUCAUGGGACCAUACAAAGCACUUGUAAUUGUAUUGACACUUCUUCAUAAUCAGUGAGCAAAAUAAAGACCAUACAA